AUGUCGACUUCAGCGCCAAUACCACUACAGCAACUGCUGCUACCUGAAAAUGCCAAGAUACCACCUACAGAUAUCAAGGAAACAAUUGACAAAUCGGUUAUCUAUAUACUCAAAAACGGCAAAUCUUUUGAAGAACGACUAUUGAAAAAUAAUAGAAACAAACAUUUCAACUUUCUUCAACCCGAUAACGAAUAUCAUCAAUACUACCAGUGGAAACUACAAAACACCGAGACACCACUUGGAACAGAAACAGGAGCAGACAAUCUGUUGAAUAAAGAUACAGCAAUCAAAAACCACAUCGACGCCAAAGAUAUAGUCAUUCCAAAACCUCGUGACCUACCAUUUCUCAUUGACAAUUUCCCACAAAUCAACCAAUACGACCAUGAUGUCAUCAAAACAACAGCAUUAUACAUCUCCAUUAAUGGACAAGACAGAAUUUUGGAUCUCUUUAAACACGAAACCAAACAAGGCAAUAGCGCCCAAUUUGAAUUUUUAAAACCACAACACUCAUUACACGGACUAUUCCAAACAUACGUCAAACAAUACGAUAUUGUACGAGAGAUGAUAAGUGACCCAAACCACCCCUUGAAUAAACAAGUGGCAAAUGACUUGGACGAGAUUGAACACGACAAGAACAAUGGCCAAUUCAAUAUCCUAACACGAGGCUAUGAUCGUGCACAAUACUUGAAACAAAAUAGAAUACGCAAAAAGCAACAAGAUGCAAAAUUAAGAGAACAACAAGUAAAGUUUGCCCUGAUAGACUGGCAAGAUUUUGCUAUUGUUGAAUACAUACAUUUCACUGAAUCUGAAAAGAAUCAAGAGCUUCAAACUGAUGGCGACCAGGAACUGAAAAACUUGCGCUUACCUUUAAACAGAACAGAUUUAAUAAAGAGAUCAUUGACCAACAAAAGAAGAGAAAUCAAACUAGAAAAGAUAAACCAAUCAAAUGGUACAGACCACGAACAAGAUUUGGUGGAAUCAGUAAGAAAGCAAACGUCGACUUCUCCUUCCAAUAAGGAAACUUCACCAUCGCCUACACCGCCACCAUUCAAAGGAAUGAAGAUUAAAGCAGCAGGUACAACAAGAUUAAAACGAGCAACAACUAAAACAGCAUCUACGACAACUUUGAAUAAUGAUGAUAAAAUUGCAACAAAUUUGGGUGUUAAAUUGAUCAAGUGUCCCAUUACCGGUAAAAUGAUUCCCGAAGGUGAGUUUGACACUCACUUGCGCAACUUGCUUCGUGAUCCAAGCUAUAAGCAGCAACAAGAAAACUACAUCAAAAAGAACUUUUCCUUUGAGUCCAACAUCACCACCGAUCAAGUUUACGAAAAUAUAAAACGAUUGAUGAAAAAGAGAACAUCAACACUGCAUGACUAA